AUGGGGCAUGUUGCUGUCAUUACUGAUGAUCAACUUCAAGGAUCCAAAUUAUCUAAAUUCAACCGAACCGAGGCGAGUGAUACCUUGGAAACAGCCGAUACCAGGCAAGAUCCUCCAGCCGACAAGGGCAAGUGCGCGUUUCAAUAUUUGAUAGCUAUGCUCACUAUCGAAACACUUGUGUGGGGACUUGCCACCUCGUUUGGAGUGCUACUCAAUUUUUACCAAGACGAUCCACGUAGCCCAAUAAAGUCAGAUCCACAUGCAAAGGUCAUACUCACUCUUGUCGGAACAAUAAUCACUGGUAUCAUGGCUACCAUAGCACCUUUGAUCUCGUUUUGGAUAGCCAAGAAGCCAUGCAUAAGACGUCCAUUGAUGUUUUCGGGCCUGCUUGUAUGCACACUGAGCUUAUUCUUGUCGGCUUAUUCUACUUCUGCCUUUCACAUUCUCUUGAGCCAAGGAAUUGGAUACGGUAUUGGCGGAUGCGCGUUGUAUUUUUCGGCACUCUCUCAUCUUCCGGAAUGGUUCGAAUUAAGACGAGGGUUCGCAAACGGAGUGAUUUUCACGGGGACUGGCUUAGGAGGGUUGGUAUUUCCCCUAAUAUUAAGCAGUCUGCUUGCGAAGUAUGGCGCAAAAUUUGCCUUGCAAGUUAUAACGGCGCUGUUUGCAAUUCCGAUUUUUAUAGCGGUUUUCUUCAUACGCCCGAGAAUUGCGAAUGGCCACGCGUGCCACGAUAGCUCGGAUAGAUCUGUUUCCGAUUCUUGUGAAAAGCAGGCCAUACCAAGUUCGGAGAACCUGUUCCGCAAAUUUUAUCUCUGUUUAACGGGAAUAUUUUGGACUUAUAUAGUUCUAAACAUAGUCCAAUCAACCGCAUAUUACCUCCCAGGCCUGUAUCUUCCAACCUAUAGUCACUGUCUCGGCCAUGACAGCGUAACAGGAAGCUAUCUGCUGUCGAUUCUAAAUGCUGGAACAAUAUUCGCGCAACUUGCAGCUGGUAUCCUUUCAGAUCAUUAUUCGCCCUUCCUCAUUGGCGCCACAGCUAAUCUCUUAGGGGGUGCAAGUGUUCUCGUCCUGUGGGGUGUUAUGAGCCAGAACGGAAUCAUAUGGCUGUUUGCUUUCGCGGCAAUUUAUGGUUGCACGGCUGGUGCAUGGACAAGCUUAUAUUUUCGGGUUUUGAAACAUUUCAUCUCGGAUCCCGAGUUGUUGUUUUGUGCCUAUGGAACCCUUUACAUGACUCGAGGGAUAGGUGAGCCUACCACUGUGGACAGCGUAUCACGGUUUGUCCAAUGCAAGCUUAGGAACAGCCAAGGCAAAUUGAGAGACUUACUGCUCACUGGCAUCCAGGAGGUGCCGGGGAGGGACAUUAACCAUCCUGUUCCAAGCAUUUCGGCCUUGCUUGCCGAGAUGAAUUCAAGCUUGCUUCUGCCUUUGCCAAAAAAUCAUGGAGGGGCAGCAGCAAAUAGACCGGACGCUCUGCGCGGCAAUCAGACCCAUCUGGAGGCUUGGCUGGCUUACUUGCGAAUCCUGACAAUUACUCAGCUGCACGGUAGAGGCCCGAGGGAUUCUGGGAAGCAGUGGAUUAAUAUUGAUGCUCACUUGCGUGAACUGGCUACCAAGGGCCGAGCUUACCGCACUGUUUUCUACCAAAUUGUCUUGGACUUUGAUUGUGAAACCUUUGGGCACAAUACAUUUGAUGAAAUGGAUCCGGAUACAAUCAAGCUCCCUACGGAUGAGGAAGUGGAAGCCCAGAUGGAACUUGCCGAUGCCGUUAAUCCAGGUGUGGUUGCGGAUGAGGAAGAUGAAGGCGGCGAGCUUUGA